AUGAAAUAUUUAUUUUCCCCACUGUAUCUAUCUAUCUAUCUAUUUUUAUUAUCUAUGCCAGUCAUUUCAUAUCCAUAUAUCUAUGUAUCUCAGUAUGUUCAUAUCUAUCUAUCUAUCUAUCUAUCUAUCUAUCUAUCUAUCUAUCUAUCUAUCUAUCUAUCUAUCUUUAUCAAGUUGUAUAUCUGUAUAUCUAUCUAUCUAUCUAUCUAUCUAUCUAUCUAUCUAUCUAUCUAUCUAUCUAUCUAUCUAUAUAUAUUUCUACCUGGAUUCUAUCUAAUCACUAAUAUUAUCUAUCUAUCUAUCUAUCUAUCUAUCUAUCUAUCUAUCUAUCUAUCUAUCUAUAUGUUUCACUAUCUAUCUAUCUAUCUAUCUAUCUAUCUAUCUAUCUAUCUAUCUAUCUAUCUAUCUAUCUAUCCACAAUUCUCUCUCCUUAUCUAUCUAUCUGCAAUUCUCUCUCCCUCUCUAUCUAUCUAUCCACAAUUCUCUCUCCUUAUCUAUCUAUCUAUCUAUCUAUCUAUCUAUCUAUCUAUCUAUCUAUCUAUCUAUCCGCAAUUCUCUCUCCCUCUCUAUCUAUUUACCCACAAUUCUCUCUCCUUAUCUGUCUAUCUAUCUAUCCACAAUUCUCUCUCCCUCUCUAUCUAUCCACAAUUCUCUCUCUUAUCUAUCUAUCUAUCUAUCUAUCUAUCUAUCUAUCUGCAAUUCUCUCUCCUUAUCUAUCUAUCUAUCUAUCUAUCUAUCUAUCUAUCUAUCUGCAAUUCUCUCUAUCUAUAUCUAUUUAUCCACAAUUCUCUCUUCUUAUCUAUCUAUCUAUCUAUCUAUCUAUCUAUCUAUCUAUCUAUCUAUCUAUCUAUCUAUCUAUCUAUCUAUAAUUCUCUCUCCUUCUCUAUCUAUCUAUCCCCAAUUCUCUAUCUAUCUAUCUAUCUAUCUAUCUAUCUAUCUAUCUAUCUAUCUAUCUAUCUAUCUAUCCAGAAUUCUCUCUCCCUAUCUAUCUAUCUAUCUAUCUAUCUAUCUAUCUAUCUAUCUAUCUAUCUAUCUAUCUAUCCAAAGACAUUCUUUCCUCUUUUUACAUUCUUUUCUUUUUACUUUUUUAUUUUAUCUUUUCAGUUUUCUGUUUUUCUUAUAUUUUCCUUGAAUUUUGUUUUUAUUGAUGAUUUUUUUUGUUUUAACUGCUUUCGUCUUUUCCAUCCAUUUUUGUUUCCAUUUUUUUCUUGUUUUUCUCUUCAUUCUUUCUUUUUAAACGUUUUUCUUUUCUUAUUUUUUUUCAUUAUUUAUUUUUUUAUGUCUUUUCUUCUUCCUUUUUCUUUUCACUUGCCUCCUUUUGAAUAUUUAUAUUUUUUCUGUAUUUUUUUGUUUUUGUUCUUUUCAUUUUUCUGCUCUCCUUAUAUUUUCUUGUUAUCUUUUAAAGUAUUCAAUUUUUUACUACUUUCUUCCUUCCUUUCUAUUCAUCUUUGGUUUCAUUUCUUUCUCUUCAUUUUUUGCUUCUUUAAAUCUCUCACUUUUAAAAAAAUAAUUUUCUUUCUAUUUUUUUUAAUAUUUUCUCUUAAAAACUUGUUAACUUUCCAAAUCUUUCUUUCUUUUGAUUCACUUAUUUUUAUCCAUUUUUGUCAUUUUUUUUCCAUUUCUUUUGUUUAUUUUCUUUCUCUUCCUUUUUUUUUUUUAAAUAAAUCCUCCUUCAUUUAA